CACAUGGUAAGGGACUCAUCCCUCUCGAGUCGCAGUUGAGUUAACUCGAAAUUCUUCUUGUACUUUUUGUGGUGUAAUGUUUCUGUUUAACACUUGGACAAAUACCAGUCUUAGGGUUUAGCCAGCCUAGGGUUUCGUUUCACCAGUCGAGUCGAUCUAAACCGAUAAACCAAAGUUCGAUAAACAUAAUUUCAUCAAUGUCGAAGCGGAAAUUUGGAUUCGAAGGGUUCGGUAUCAACCGGCAGACCACUUAUAGCUUCGAGCGGUCUCAAGCUCCUCAGCGGCUAUACGUCCCUCCUUCGUCUCGCAGCCAUGAUAAUUACGAGGACACGGACCUCGAUAACAUCGAUUACGAAGAGAAUGAUACUGGCAGGGACGCUGGUAACACAACUGACACGAACGAAAAUGGUGAUAGUGACGAAAUUGAUCCUCUGGAUGCGUUCAUGGCUGGGAUUCACGAGGAGAUGAAAGCGGCACCGGCGCCAAAGCCGAAGGAGAAGUUGGAGAGGUAUAAGGACGACGAGGAGGACGAUCCAAUGGAGAGCUUUUUGAGGGCGAAGAAGGACGUGGGGCUUACGCUGGCGGCUGACGCUCUCCACGCGGGAUAUGAUUCUGACGAGGAGGUUUACGCGGCGGCAAAGGCGGUGGAUGCGGGCAUGGUGGAGUACGAUUCUGAUGAUAAUCCUUUGGUACUUGAUAAGAAGAAGAUAGAGCCUAUUCCGGCUCUGGAUCACACUUCUAUCGACUAUGAGCCAUUCAAUACGAUUUUUAUGAGGAGAAAGACUCGAUUGCGGAAGGCACUGACAAUGCUGAGAGCCACGUAUUUGGUACUAGAUGAGGCUGAUCGAAUGUUUGACCUUGGUUUUGAGCCGCAAAUAAGGUCCAUUGUUGGUCAGAUUAGGCCAGAUCGACAGACUUUACUGUUUUCAGCAACAAUGCCACGGAAAGUUGAAAAGCUAGCAAGGGAAAUCCUCACAGAUCCAAUAAGAGUUACAGUGGGUGAGGUAGGGAUGGCUAAUGAGGACAUUACCCAAGUUGUUCAUGUGAUUCCUUCUGAUAAUGAGAAGCUGCCCUGGCUUCUUGAGAGGCUUCCUGGAAUGAUUGAUGACGGUGAUGUGUUGGUGUUUGCUUCUAAAAAGGCCACUGUGGAUGAGAUUGAAUCCCAGCUGUCUCAAAAGGGAUUUAAAAUUGGUGCUCUUCAUGGUGACAAAGACCAGGCUUCUCGCAUGGACAUUUUGCAAAAAUUUAAGUCUGGCAUCUACCAUGUACUUAUUGCGACUGAUGUUGCUGCACGUGGUCUUGACAUCAAGUCCAUUAAGUCAGUGGUGAACUUUGAUAUUGCAAGAGACAUGGACAUGCAUGUACAUCGGAUUGGUAGAACAGGUCGUGCUGGGGACAAGGAUGGGGUUGCAUACACUCUUAUAACUCAGAAAGAGGCACGAUUUGCUGGUGAAUUGGUCAAUAGUUUGAUUGCUGCUGGGCAGAAUGUGUCUGUGGAACUGAUGGAUCUUGCUAUGAAGGAUGGAAGAUUCAGGUCCAAGCGUGAUGCAAGAAAAGGAGGUGGUAAGAAGGGCAAAGGGAGAGGAGGCGGCGGUGGCGGCGGCGGCGGCGGCGGGGGUCGAGGUGUACGUGGUGUUGAUUAUGGCCUGGGUAUAGGAUAUAAUCCGGAAACUAAUAAUACUUCAGUUCAGGCUGUUCAAGGUCGAAAUGCCGCUGUUAAUUCUCUCAGGACAGGAAUGAUGGCACAGUUCAAGAGCAACUUUGUUGCUGCUUCGUCGAACUCGCAAAGUCAAAGUUUGAGUAGCAGUUCAAGUGCAUAUCUGACAAAGAAGCCAACAUUACCUGGAUUUGUAUCUGCUGGUACAAUUGGUGGUGAUAUAAGUAGAACUCAGACAACUAGCACAUUCAGUCCUGCUCCCACGUCAGGUGUAAAGCCCACUUGUGAGAGUUCUGUACAAAACUCCAGUCAGCAGAAAUCAGAGGGUUCUAGAGGUAGGCCAAGAGAGAGACGGAGGCCAUCUGGCUGGGACAGAUAGAUUAUCUGUAUUGCAUAAAUGAGAAUCUUUAUCUUUAUCAAAUCUUUGAAAUAAUCUUGUCUGUAUAAGUAUUGUUCAUGCUUAGUAAGUUCCUCUUUCGCUUUCUGUUCAGUUUCUUUUUAUUGAUUUCAAUCUAGAUCUGAUAAAGUUAGGAAGUUAUAUUUUCAGCAAUUGAAAAAAAUUAUGUUGCUAGUUGUUUACGGUUCCAGAAGAAUGCCUAGAAUAGAAGAAAAUCCAUCUUGGUACACAUGUAUUUCAAGUGUUUCUUUUGUCUGGAUUAGCAAAUAGGUCUGACUUUUCCUCA